ACGGGUUGCAUUCUUGACGAACGGCUUACAUAUCUCUCGAACAGGGAAUCCCUAACCACCCGUCAUUUAUUCUUCAUUUCUUCUCAUCCCGAAUCUACCGCUAAGGGCGUGAGGGUUUUGAGAUGUUGCCGGUUGACAAGGUACAGGAACCGCCUCUGAAGAAGGCGAAGCUCGAGGACGGAGACGGUCAUGAAGCAAAUCUUGUCGAAGUCAUUGAAAAGGGAGAGAGCGAUAACGAGAGCUAUCACGAAAGCGACAGCGAUUUUUCCGAUCAGGAAGAGUGGAUGGAGUUCCGACGCAUCCGCAAGCAGAUUAAGGAGAGCGAUGGUUUUGAUCUGGACAUUGGUGAAACAUUCGUAUCAGUCCUAGGGAUUAGGCCAAUUGAUUUUUCCAAUGAAAGUCAUCUAGCAUUUAUCGAAAGGAUGCAGAUUUGUCUUGAAGAAACCGUGAAAAAAAACAAUGAAGGGAGUUUGAAGUUUUUGAGCGAUUUUCUGGGCGAUCCAACGAUCGUUUGUCAGUUUCUGGAUGAUAAAUUGGCUGACCCAAAGAUUCUUAAGGCUAACAUUGGAAACUCGUCUCUGAUCUACUACAUCACAUUUGAAGCAACGAGUACAAAGUAUAAUGGGCAGCUGAGAAUCUACCAGGUAAAGUUGACGCUUGUACCCAACGACGAGAUGGUGAUCUUUAUCCUUAGGGAAAAGCCCGGUCAAUCCUAGGGUGUUUCUACUGGCUGAUGGAACUUAACCUUAAAACAUCAAGUGUUGGUGAUCUUUAUCCUUAGGGAAAAGCCCGGUCAAUCCUAGGGUGUUUCUACUGGCUGAUGGAACUUAACCUUAAAACAUCAAGUGUUGGUGAUCUUUAUCCUUAGGGAAAAGCCCGGUCAAUCCUAGGGUGUUUCUACUGGCUGAUGGAACUUAACCUUAAAACAUCAAGUGUUCCUUUGUCUUCUUUUGGUGCUGUAAUGUGGUGUUUGUGUUCUUGUCAUUCCCAGAAGGGCUCUACUUCUUGAAUGUUACUCCCUCCGUUUCUCAAAAUGGUUCCUGUUUUGACUUUGGGGAAAAAUAAGGAAAGUGUAAUUUUAGUUAACUUUCCAAUUUUGCCUCUGAUGCGAUGGUAAAAGUAAGAUGUGAUAGUUUAGUUAUUAGUGAAAAAGUAUGAUGUCACAGGUAGGGUAUGAAAAAGUAGGGGUAAAAGUGGUUUUUUAAUAGAAAAAUGAAGUGUUUUAAGAAAAACAAAAAAAAUGAAAGAGGAAGGGUUUUAAGAAACGGAGGGAGUACAAGUUUGUGUUAAAUAAUUUAUCAAGGAACAUGUAUCCUUUUGUUACAUCAAUAUUUUAUGAGGAAUAUUGCAUAAAUUAAGUGACGUGCAAUAGUCAUGAAUCCCUUCGGUUCCUUGUUUUAAAUUUCUCUGUCUACCAGAUGUAUGGGAGUAAUCCAUCUUUGUUCAAAAUGCAAACUUUGGUAAAUCUCGAAAACCUAGAGUCGGUUUCAAAGACUGAACUGGAAUGAAGUGUAUCAAAGAAAGUGCACGUCAAAAGAGUCACAAACCAAAGGGCGAUAAGCGGAUGACUGAGGUGGCACGGUCCAUUCAAAAGUGGACGCCGGAGGAAGAAUUGUUAUUGGCGCCGGAGGAAUAUAUAUUUUUUAAAUAUAUAUUGUAUGGGAGUAUAUUAAAAGAAAGUUAUAAAAAUUUGAUAUAUAUCAAAAUUAUAUCUGAAAAUAAACUCAAUUAUAUUAAAUUUAUAUUAUAAUUAAAUUUUCCCAUCUAAGGUAAGGAUGGCAGAGUUAGACAAAAAGUCAAAAUGUGCGUUUUUGUGGUGUAAUGUUGUGCAAGGAACCCUAUUAUAUUGAAUUUUAUUUUAUAUUUUGAAAUAGUUAUCCUUUUGAAUUAAGCUACUUGUACACCAAAGCAUUCUCUUUCUUGAGAUUGCAUCUCCUUCGUUCUUUCUCCUUCUCUCUCUGUCAUACUCCGUAUAUAAUUGUUCUUGAUUAUUAAACAUAUAUUUGGUUGUUUCCCUAUAAGCCGAUUCUUUUGGUCGAUGCAUAAAUGGAUUUAUGUGAUAUUGAUAUUUUUAGCCAAUAUUUUUGGGAUCGUUUGGCGUUUUCUUUUGAUUUUAUAGCUUUUUUCAUUAAGAUUUGUCAUAAUGAAAAAGAUCUUUAGAUUCUGGAUUUUUUUCAUAAGCCGAUUUCUUUUCGCGAAGUAUAUAUUCUGGAUAUAUACGUAAAUCGGUAGAUCUAUAUAUAUAUAUAUAUAUAUAUAUAUAUAUAUAUAUAUAUAGACACACACACACACAUAUUUAAAUAUCUUAAUCCGAUCGUCACCACCGUAAUCACUUGCGCCCUUCUCCGCCGCAUAUCUCUGAUUGGCGACUAACGUCAAUGUCCAAUGGUUAGUUUUAAGUGUAUUAUUUAAUUUUUUAAUCUUCUGUUUUGUUCUCAGCCUUUAAGAUAAUUUUCUAUUUUUUUCAUCAUAUUUUUUUAUUAAGUAUACAUUAAUCUUUAGAUCCAUGGAUAUUGCCACAUAUGAUGCAUGUCUCCCUUAGAGUAAGAUUGCUAGAUCUAUUCGCAUUUCUUGAUUAUAUAUAUCUAUAUAUAUAGUAAAUUAAUGGAUAUCAUUCAUAUGUAUAUGUAUAUAUAUAUAUUGUAUACAUCUCAUCACUAUUUGUAUGUUAUCUAUUUUGUGAGUUAUCUAAUUCCUAUUCAGUAUAAUCCCUAUUUAAAAAUCUAUGCCUAUAUGAAUGAUAUCCAUUAAUUUACUAUAUAUAUAAUUUUCGAAAUUAUAUCUAAAUGUAUAGUUAAAAAUAUUUCAAAAUUAAUUAGGAAAAAAACUAUGAUGAACCAUUUCACCUAUGUUGAAAGAAUGAGAAAAUUGGUUCAGUGAUUUAUAGGCUUUUAAUGCUUGAGGCAUGAGAAAAAUGUCAAGUAUCUUAGCAUGGCGCAAGGGAAUUUAUCUCCGUUGUCGUAGACAUGUCGAUUUUUUCCUAGAUUGCCUCAAUAUUAAAAACCGGUUAUCAAUCUGAGCUAUUGUAUAUAUUUUUUUGUAUAUACGUGCUAAAUAUUACAUAG